UUCCCUUGUCCCUCUCUGUAUACCCUCGUACUCAGUUCCACCCCACUAAAAGAGAACAAAACAUAACACAUAUGGGUGCUUCUGGGAACAAUUUUCUCCAAGUAGUGGCCAAAAACUUCGAUGUUCUUGCUUUGCCUUUGGUCACCCUCGUUUACCCUUUAUACGCUUCAAUAAAGGCCAUAGAGACCAAGUCUAGUACGGAUGAUCAACAAUGGCUCACUUAUUGGGUUCUCUAUUCUUUGAUCACACUCUUUGAGCUCACAUUUGCUAAAGUUCUUGAAGUGCUUGCCAUUUGGCCUUAUGCUAAGUUGAUUCUCAGUUGCUGGUUGGUUCUUCCACACUUUAAUGGGGCAGCACAUGUUUAUAGGCAUUACGUUAGACCAUUCUAUAUGAAUCCACAAAUGCCGCAAUUCCCAGGAGCUUCUCAAAUGUGGUAUGUUCCACGAAAGAAUAUAUUUAGUAAGCAAGAUGAUGUCCUUACUGCAGCUGAGAGAUAUAUGGAAGAGCAUGGAACAGAAGCAUUUGAAAGACUCAUAAACAAGGCUGACAGGGAAGCUAGAGCAAGGAGGAAUGGAAAUUAUAUGAUCUUUGAUGAUGAUUAUAUUUAUUAA